AUGAAUACCACAGAAACGGAACUCAAACCUGGCUUCAGGAGGAGCCGUAUGACUACCAUCAAAGGACUUCGAACCAGUAGUGUUGUCACAUUCAAUCCAACAACUAUUAGCCCAGGUGAAGAGCUGUACAUUAAUAUUCUAAAACUUAAACCUUCGUCUUGCCUAGCUAGUCUUCGGAUAACUUGCCCUUCUCUUUGACUUCAAUAAUUCCAACACAAAGAGCAGCAUUCAGAAAUAACCUUGCUAAACUGCUAGCGAAACGUCUCCAAGUAAAAGUAGCCGGUGAGACUGCCUAUGACUGUUUAGGAGAAAGUCUAUUCGAAGUGUUCAAAGACCUAUGGCUAACACUAGGUGACAGGAAAAAGAUGACCGAACAGGGCCUCAUAAGCAAAAACAUACGAAAGUUAAUAUCAGGUGACGACUCAGGGGUAAAGGUAGGUGAUGUCGGUAAAGUAGCAGACGCACUUUUCCACAGUGUAUACGGCUCUAAGCUGAGAAAACCGAUUUACACUCCCCCAAGCAGAUGAGAUUAUGACUGCACAAGGAGGUGAACAGGUAGAUGGAUACAAACUGGACAAUCUUGAGUUAGAAUACGAGACCAUUGAGAAUGACACCCUUGCAAGUGAGGUCUCAAGGAUGUAUUCAACGGGCCGGUCACUGUCCUACAAACACGUCACACUGAUGCGUACAAGUAAAUGGGACAAGGACCUUACCAUUGUCAAUGAGAACAUUAAUAUCCCCAGAAAGAGCAUGUCAGCAAUUGUCCUCCUAUUCACCAAUAGAGUGAGGACUGAUUCUGAAGAGUACAUUUACCCAAAAAUUGAUAAAGUCAACGUAACCAUUGAGGGUGUGCCAAAUGCUGUCUUCUCCCAGGGUCUUCCCAAAAACAGGUUCUUUGAAGAGGCAAAGCGAUUCUUCUGCCCUUCGUGCGAGAAAUCAAUGGCUGACGAGUUUAUGUCCAUCAGCAAGCUCUUCAGCAACGGUUUCGCUCUAGUGAUCGAUCUUAGGUCAACACAGGAUGACACCACUGGGGGAGGUAAGAAGAUAGUUAACACACAGUCUGGCGUAUUACUGGAAAUCAAAAAGAGAGCCACAACAGCUGACGUUCAAUGCAACAUCUUUGUUGUAUCAGAUGCUCUCCUUAACUUUGCCAAUAGAGAUCUCUCAAGUAUUCAAUACUAA